AUCUUGAAAGCGUAAUUGUUGUCAUGUUUACGUUGUGUGUGAAAGGCGAUUUUUAUAAUUCAUAUUAUAUUAUUUAGGGUGACGUUAAUGUAACGGAUUGGAUUCGGUAAUUUAUAAAAAUGUUUUAUGCACACUUUGUGCUGGCCAAAAAAGGCCCUUUGGCCAAGAUUUGGCUGGCCGCACACUGGGACAAGAAAUUAACAAAGGCUCAUGUUUUUGAAACGAAUAUUGAGAAGUCGGUCGAUGGAAUACUUAAACCCAAAGUGAAAAUGGCUUUACGAACUUCAGGCCAUCUGUUGCUUGGUGUAGUAAGGAUCUAUUCAAGGAAAGCAAAGUAUUUACUCCAAGAUUGUAAUGAGGCUUUUGUCAAGAUUAAGGUAAGAUUGUUUUAAUUCAAUUGCAAAUAUCAUUACAUUUGAUUGAAAUUGUUUUGGUAUCAUAUCUAGACAAACAUAUACGUCUAUAGGUUUAAGCCUGCGAGAGAAUGAGAUAGAAUACAGUAUAGUAUUUUUCUGAAGUUAUCACUUCUACUGAGUGUGAACUGCACACAAUUUCUUUUUAUAGAAUAUGGGUGAUAAACAAACACACAGUCCACCUUAUGAAAAGUGGAUGACCCAUAGAUCUAUCACAACUAUUGUCAAUUAAUCUAAAGGUAUAUAAGUUGCCACCCCUCAGGAAUAAGGUGGAAUGCAUUGUUACUAUUAAACAGGGUCUCUGGUUCUCUUAGAUUUAUUGGUAUUGUGUGAGAUCAUGGUUUUCUCCCAGUUGAGCCUAUCCAUUCAUGCUCUUGCCAUAAUUUAGCUGCAGUGGAUUGUAUCAUGUUAAUAAAUUGACAAAAUAGAUAAUAAGUUUAAUUUAGAUUAUAGACUAUCAUUUCUACUUCCAUCAAGUAGAAUUUUGUCUUACUGUUGAUGUGCUUUUUUAUACAAGUCAUAUAUUUUUGAGAUUAUUUUAUUGGGACAUCAAAUGGAAUUGUGUGUUUCCUUAAUUCCAUUCUAUUUCAGUGUUCUUCACUCAAACUAGAAUAAUAUUUGUCUACUUGAUUAAAAUAUGAUUCAUUAACUUGAAUACAAAUUUUUAAAAGUAAAUGUUUAAUGAUUUUAUCAUACAAAAUAUCAUUCGUGUAGUGUACCAAUAAUAUGCAUAAAUAUUAACACAUUCAUGCACACACUUCAAUAUUGUAGCUCUGUUAUAUUAUCUAAUGACGCUGUGCAAAUAACAGAUGAUAAUAAUAAUAAUAUUAGUAUUGAAAUAUGACGUCCUAGACGUCGACGUUUAUAGAUGCUAUUCUUCAAAUGAUAUAUAAAAGUCUGCGCAAUAGCGAACAACAUAUCACAACGUCGUCGUUCAUAUACGCUGUGCAACGAUAUAUAUAAAAAAAUUGUGCAGUGGGGAACAACAUAUUAUAACGUCCACAAAUAAUGAUGCCUGUUGCUGUAAAGCGCAGAUAAAUAUAUAUACAAUAGCUAACAACACCAAACUAAUAAUGUUAACAGUACAUAUAAGAAGUAUUUUGUAUAAAAAUAAGAUGUUCUAGAAAGUUUUAACAUAUUAUUAGACAAAAAGAAAUAAAAUGAAACGCUUAUUAUAUAAAAUUAUUGAUUUUCAAAUAACAGUACAUAUAAGAAGUAUUUUGUAUAAAAAUAAAAUGUUCUAGAAAGUUUUAACAUAUUAUUAGACAAAAAGAAAUAAAAUGAAAGGCUUGUUAUAAAAAUUAUUUAUUUUCAAAUAACAGUACAUAUAAGAAGUAUUUUGUAUAAAAAUAAAAUGUUCUAGAAAGUUUUAACAUAUUAUUAGACAAAAAGAAAUAAAAUGAAACGCUUAUUAUAUAAAAUUAUUUAUUUUCAAAUUAUUGGGUUAAUCAAUUGAGGAAAUACACCAGUGCAAUUUUUGGUUAAAUCAGACUCAUUUAUCGCUUAUUAUUGAGAUCAAAGCAACUAUCACAAAUAUAAAACAAUUAGGUAUUAUUCUUAUAAACAAAAAUAUUUAAACUUACAAUUGAAAAUGCAAAAAAAUCAUCUUAUGAACUUAUUCUAUACUUAGAUAUACCAUGGUUACAACUUAGAAUUAUAGAAACCAAUAAAUCUCUUUAAAUUUCUAACUAUCAUUCCUACUAUUUUGCUAAACAAGCAAGGACAAACUGUGACCCAACCUCACAAAAUUGCUAGGGUAUUUGUGGACCAAUUCACUAAUUUUUUUCCAAACAGAACCACAUGACCAACUGCCUACAUUAGACCCGACACCUCGAGUAGAGGAUACCAUUGAAGAAAUUCUGUUCAAGCCAGACCAAGUCAACCAAGUCAUUUCAGAAAUGAAAACAGAUUCAUCUUCGGGACUAGACGAUAUACCGGUAGCUAUAUUGAAGAAAUGCAACCUAUCUCACUAUUUAACAACAAUAAUGCAAACAUCGUACGAGACAAGCACCUUACCGGACUUAUGGAAAACAUCAUUGGUGACACCCAUAUUUAAAAAAGGUAGCAAACUGGAACCAUCCAUUUACAGACCCAUCAGUUUGACCAGUGUGGUCUGCAAGAUUAUGGAGAAAAUUAUAGUCAAGCAUAUUAGAAACUUCCUCUCCAACCACAAAGUUAUCCCUAAACAGCAACAUGAUUUUUGUCCACAUCGUUUCACAAUUUCCAAUUUAUUAUUAUGCCUAUCGUCAUGGACCAAACACUUUAAUGAGAGAGAGCCUAUUGACGUAAUUUAUCUUGACUACGAAAAGGACUUUGAUAAAGUCCCUACGAGAAGACUCCUCCAGAAACUGGAAUGUGUAGGAAUAUGUGGAAAACUACUAGCUUGAAUCGAGUCUUUUUUGCGUGGGAGAACCCAACAAGUAAUAAUCAGUGAAACAAACUCUGAUCACAUAGAUAUACAUAGUGGAGUGCCACAGGGUUCCGUUCUAGUUCCUGUAUUGUACAUUAGUUAUACUUUUGACCUUCCCCUUUGCCUACAGUGUAAUGUCAGCAUAUUUGCAGAUGAUACUAAAAUAUUUGCAAAUCCACUAAUAGACUACAACUGCCUUCAGGAUGAUCUAAAUAAAAUAGCUAUUUGUUCCAAGGAAUGGCUCAUAAAUCUCAAUGCUUCAAAAUGUACAGUAUUACGCAUAGGAAACUGUAACCUCAUCUUACCUAUAAACUGAGCGGCACGUCACUUACAGAUGUUAAAAUACAAACAGAUUUGGGAGUCAAAAUUGCAGAAGACUUGAAGUAGCAUAUAACAACUACUGUUAAGAAAGCUAAGGGAAUUAUCUACCUCGUGAGAAAAGCUUUUGCUGUCGUAACACUGGAAAUGAUGCUUAAGAUCCACAAAAUAUUUAUCAGGCCAAUAUUAGAAUAUGCAUUUCAAGUCUGGAAUCCAUACUUUAUCAAGAACAUUGAAGCGUUGGAAAAAGUACAGCGUAGCUUCACUAAAGUACCACGGCUAUUGAAACAACAGUCUUAUGAAGAACGUUUGAUAGUUUUAAAACUUACAACAUUAAAAAGCCCGAGGGACCGAGGAGAUCUAAUUGAGACCUUUAAUAUCUUAAAUGGGCAUUACGACAUUGAGAAGUUUGACAAAUUGUUUAUUCGUAUUGAAAAACACCAAAUUCUCCAUUGUCAACAAAAAGGUUUGGCGUGGUUUCCCGGGAUGACUAAAGCUCAAAGAUUUUCAUUGAAGAUUCCUUCUUUUUUUGACUCAUUUUAUAUAUCU